AUGAGCAAAAAUGUGCUCUACGACUUUGGCAGCAACAAGUCGCAAAAAAAUCCAAAUGAUAAACUCUUCUCGCUCAGCAGUGUGCUCACCCUGUCCGCCGUGGCCAGCGCCGCCUUGGCCGCACCUCAGGGCAACUCUGAGCUGGUGGAUGCCGCUGCCAUCGAGUAUGUGCCGCCGGCAACGGAGUUUCUACCUCUGCCGGCUGAUGCCACCGGCGAGCAGGGCUACGAGUAUCGCACGGUGCGCCGCCUGAAGCUGCGUCAUCGCAAUCGUCGGGAUGUGUCCCACUUGCCGCUGGCUACGCAGUAUCUGCCGCCGCCGCCAAGCAACAGGUAUCUGCCACCAACAGCAGCUGCAGCUCCAGUCUUGGCCGACGACACCGAGGAGGUUGUCUCCGCUGUGGAGCCGAAGGUGGCACGCGAUUAUCUGCCGCCCGCUGAGGAACCUGUGGCCAGCACCGAGGCGCCCGAGCUGGAAACCGAAGCGCCUCCGGCCGAGGAGCAGCCCGUGCCCGAAGUGCGUGUGGCGGAUGUGCCCACAGCUGAGCUGCGCGACGAUGGCUAUCACUACAAGCAGCCCGUGGAGAUGCCCGCCGAGCUGAAGGAAGCGGCCCAGGAGUAUUUGCCCCCGCUGGGCGAUGAUGUGCUAGCCGAGGGUCCUGCCAAUGGCGAGAGCUCUGUCCUUACCAAGGAUGGCUAUCAAUAUCGCACCAUUCGGCGUUACAGAUUUUAG